UUUUCAACACAAACACACACACACACUUUCACUCCAACGCACCCCAACAGACUCCUAUACACACUCACAAUGAAACAGGCUAAAAAUAUAACGUCAAACCCCAAGAUAUCUACUGGUAUCUGGGGGGCAAUUGUUCUGUUGUGGUGUAUCGUCUGCAUGACUCCCCCGUGUGCCGCCCAAGACGGGGGUUCGGAUCCCAUUGUGUUCACGCAAGCAGAAGAACAAGACUCAGGAAGGUUCGUGGGUAGCGUAGCGUCCGGUCCCGAGAUCGUAAACGGAGUCCCAGAGGAUAGCUUGCCAAAUCUACGGUACAACAUUCUGGGCGAGGGAAAUCCCAACAGUAACCUGUUUCAGAUCGACGCUAUGUCCGGCAACAUAACGUUCGCGGGGAGAGUGGACAGGGAGUCCGUCUGUCCCACCACCGACGAUUGCGAGAUCGACUUCAGGGUCGCGGUCAGCGGAGCUCCCAGCUUCUUCACCGUUCUGGUGAAGGUCAGGAUCACGGACAUUAACGACAACUCCCCACGGUUUCCUUCGCCGUCCUCCAUAGAUCUCAAUAUUGACGAGUCGGCGCGAGUGAAUAUCUCUCGUCCUCUUGACAUCGCUACAGACAGGGAUAAAAGUGCGGCUUUCGGGAAUGUGACGUACUCCAUCGUACCCCCUAGCGACACAUUUGAGGUGGUGUUGACAAGAAAUCUUGUAGGCACGCCUCAGUUGAGUUUGGUUCUGAAGAAAUCUCUGGACAGGGAGACCCGUGAGACUUAUACGGUCAUUGUUGUGGCGAAAGACGGAGGUGACCCUCCUAGGAACGGAACCCUAACCGUCAACAUCGAGGUGGACGACUUCAACGACAACGCCCCAGUGUUCUCGGAGACUUACUACACCACCAACUUCUCUGAAAACGCAGGCCCUGGAGCGGAGAUAAUCCAAGUAACGGCAUCUGACAACGACAUUGGCCAAAACGGCCAGAUCCGAUAUACCCUCAGCGCUAACCAGCCCGAGAACCCGAUGGAUAUCACCACCAGUGUGGACGUCAACGCCCUGAAUGGUUCUGUCACUUUACUCCGACAGCUCAGUAGCGGCGUCUACAGGAUACUUGUAGACGCCCGCGACCUGGGCUCGCCGCCGAAAUCCAACCAGGCUGUCAUAACAGCAACUGUACUGGACACAAACAACAACCAACCCACAGUCAAGGUCAAUUUGGUCCAGGUUGGUGACCUCCCUCUGGGGUGGGUGUCGGAGAACUCAGAGGUCGACACGGUGGUGGCUGUACUGACGGUUGAUGAUCCGGAUUCCGGAGACAACGGGAACGUGACGUGUGAGAGCGCAGAGUCUUUCUUCUCUCUCCAGCAACUGCCCGCUAGCUCCAGCUACAAACUGAUGGUAGCGCGGGAAUUAAACCGCGAGACGAUUGGAACACACGCGGUCACCGUACACUGUCACGACCAGGGCACACCCAGCCUGUCAGCGUCGUCAGCGGUGGUCAUCAAAGUGUACGACGAGAAUGACAAUAACCCAGUGUUUAGGGAGCCUGAGUACAGUCAGGACAUCAUCGAAAACAACCUGAGGGGAGAUACAGUUCUAGUGGUCAACGCUUACGACGACGACCAAGGCGACAAUGCCAGGAUAGAGUACAGGCUUGCUAACGCGGGCGGGAACUUCACUAUUGUUUCACAGACAGGCGUCAUCAAAGCAAACAGACGAUUUGACAGAGAGGUCAAGGACUCUUAUGAGUUUUCUGUCCUCGCUGUGGAUUUUGGGACUCCGAGACGGACAGGUGUGGCGGCUGUGACCGUUAACAUCAUCGACGUGAAUGACGUAGCUCCCGCCUUCUCCCAGGACAACUACACCUUCCACAUCUACGAGAACAGAGACGCUGACAGCGUGGUGGGAAACAUCUCCGUCACAGAUCCAGACUUAGGGGAAGGAGGAAUUAUCUCUCUUUCUCUCAUUCCUUUCACUGACAACGGAGUCGUUCCUUUCUCCAUCAGCCGCGACGGGAGGAUCUCCAGCCUCGUGUCGUUUGACCGAGAAGACAAGAGUGAGUACAUGUUCUACGUGAUAGCCACGGACAACGGCCAGCGGAAACUCUCCUCAUCCACACAAGUCACGGUCAAGAUUCUCGACGUGAACGACAACCACCCAGCAUUCAUCUUCCCGAGCGAGCAGAACUACUCCGCUCUCGUCAAUAUCCCUAUCUCUCAAGACAGCAUCGUUCUACAAGUGGACGUGAACGACGAUGACGCCAGCAAAAACAGCAUUAUCACCUACGCGAUUGUAUUAUCAAACGCUUCGGACCUUUUCAGAAUCGGGAAAUACAGCGGGGACAUCAUCGCCAACAGAGACCUGGGGACCGCUGAGAUCAGCACCUACUCGCUGACCAUCAACGCCACGGACCAGGGUUCGCCUCUCAUGUGGGAAGCUCGUACCCUCCACCUCAUCGUCCAAUCUCAGUCCGCGCGGAGCGAUGACGUGAUUGCCGACCAGAACGUGUUGAUUGUGGCCUGUAUCGUGUGCUUCACCGUGAUCGUGUCGGGCGCCGUGCUGGUGGCCAUGUGUGUGCUCCGCCGGCUGGACAGACAGAGGAAGUUACAGUAUGCCACGUCCUGUUGCCCUAACAACCGACCCGAAAGCGAGACCGGAAGUACGCUGGGGGAAGGCAACCAGCAGUAUGAUCUGGCGCAGGUCCCGGAGUCGAGCCUCCAUCGGCACCACGACGACUUCCACAGCACCAGCUCGGCCGACACCGGCGGCACGGGGGACAGCGGACACGGCAGUGACGAGGACCUCUCCAACAGCCUCGAACACGCCACCACCCACAACACACUCCCCGUGGUUCAGGAGCACCCCUCCGCCACCCCGUCCCCACACCCUUCCUCCUCCUCUUCCCCCCACCCUACCUCCCCAUUGGAUGAUAGUUUGUCCUCGGCCGGACGAGUCCAUUUUCCACUAGGGGAUGCACUGAACAAACCACACCAUCAUCAACAUCGCGUUCAGAAACCGUCAGCGUUGAAAAAUGCUCCGCCACCCCCGAGGGUUAAGGCCAAUUCUGUACGCUUUGAUCCUCAUGUUACGGAUAUUUACGCCAAGCAUGCGUCACAGAGGAGCCUACAGAACCACCCUGCGACGUGCUUGCAGCAGCAGCAGCAGCAGCAGCAGCAACAACAACAGCAACAGCAACAGCACAACUACCCCAGCAGCGCCACUCUCGGCGGCAGUAUGGGAAAGGCCGGCGUCCCUUCAAGGCUUCAGAAACAAUCGUCAAAACCAAAACACGCCCACAAUAACAACAAUUCGCCAUAUCAGUUUCUUGAUUCUUCGAAAGCAAUUUCUCCAGAUUUCUCCUCCUCACACGAAUUCCGGCACUCUGUAGGUGUGAAGAAUCCAGCUUUGGCGCUUUCUCAGUUCCCAUCCUCCUCUUCCCAAAGACACCUCUCCUCUUUCUCUCACUCCUCCCUGGGAGAUGAGAAUAAUGAAGACAGUGACCUCAACACGACCACUUCGGGUAGCUACAGCGUGGCGUCGGAUGAUGUGGCGAGGUUACAGAGUCUGGGUGACGUCAGAGAUUUGUACGUGUGAAGAUCACGUGACAGUAACGGAGAACAAUAUCAAUCCUGGUCAUGUGUUCUGACGUGGCGAGGUUACAGAGUCAGGGUGACUUCAUGUUGGAUUUCUGUGUCUCAAGGUCACAUGAAUAAAAAUGUGUCAAUAGAGUUUGAUAUUCAACCUAAGUGAAAGUGAUUAAUUCUUUCUAUGCCGUGAACAACAACGUAUGGUCAAAAAGUGUACUAGAAAUGCACUAAUCGUUUCGCCAAAUAGGUCGGGAAGAGUGAUGGGACCUUUUUUUGUGCUGACAAAGUGAAAUAUCAGCGCAUUGAUUGGUCUUCUUUUCUUAAUUUCAUCUUCUCGUUCAUCUCUAAAUGGACGUCCAAGUCUCAAGUGCAAAGGCUGCUGUUCGCCGUUGACCCUCUAAGCUCCAACAGAGUUUAGAGUUUUUCCUCUCUCAUCCUGCGAUUGGCGAUUGGAGAGUUAACUCACAUUCUGCCAACCACUAUGUCGAGACAAGAAUGGCCAUUAUUACGUCAUGAGACAGCCGGUCUGAUUAUGCUCCCUGAAAUACAUAUGCUGUCGGGCACAGAUAACUCGUUCGGGUAUUGACAAAUGUUUUCGACACAUCUAUAAUUUUGGUUAACCGAUAACAACAAAUUAAAGAGAUAUCAGUCGGAGAAUGGCAAAUUGUGCGAGCUAUCCAUGAUUUCGAGAUAUCCAUGUUCGCGUUAUCUGUGCCCUACUGAGUGCGGGGGUCCCCGCGUGACACUGCAAACCGAAGAGUCGUCUGUGUUGUUAUGGUUAGGCAUUUUGCUGUCACACGCAGAAGACGUGAGUUCGAUUCCAGAAUGAGGGACUUUUCUGUAAUCGAGUAUCUCCUCCUGUUUGACGUAAUGUGUCCCACACAGCCUGGGUUGACCUUGACAAGCUUUGUGAUGCAGCCCGUCUCCAGAUGGUGUGAGUUGGAUAAACCAAGCCAGCAGAUAGACAGAGGUACUCGAUAAAAUAGAUUUCUCUCUCAUGAAUCGAACCCCAAGCCUUCUGUGGGCUGCAGCAAAGGCCAUAACCUGUACAUUACAGAUUGUCUCCUUUCUCCUGGAUAUCUAUAUCUAGGAGUGAUAUUAUCAUUUUGUUGAUGCGUCAGUAAACCACAGUGGUAAAAGAAUAGUAGUCACAAAAAACAACAAAACAAAAUCAAACAAAAAAUAGUUAAGGACUACUUCUUUUCUUUCACGUGUCCAUGGGGAUUAUUAUCUUUCUUUCUCUGCCCGACUGUUUUAAACGUGUCACCAGUAAGCGGAUAUUUGACUGCUCCCCUUUUCAUAUAAGCGUUGUUUGGAUGGACAGUUGGGUUUUUCUUUCAUGCCUAAAACGACUAAUGAAGACAUUCAAGGAAAAUUGUGACUUAUAUCCUUUUUGCCCUGUCUUCUUUGCUGACGUUGUUUUGUUUUGUUUUGGAAUUGCAUGUGCGUGUGUCUGUGCUCUUUAAUGUUAAAUGGAGACAA